GUUGUAUUGUCAAUUAGAGCUGCAGGCGGGCAAAGGUUAGGCUGUGGGGCCGGCUGGUUUAUACUUCCUCUUUCACCUGAUUUUGUUAUCGGAGCUGGGGUAGCAGCAGCGAUGGGGUUGCGGUGGACUGGGCUGGCGCUUUGGGUGGUAGCGGCGCUUGUGGCAGGUAUUUUUGCUAAUGAAUUCAAUGUAUUACGAUCUCCUGAGUCAGUCAUUUUCCAUCAGGGAAGCUGGCCAAUACCUGGAGAACGAAUUCCAGAUCUGGCUGCAUUAUCCAUGGGCUUCUCUGUUGAGGAAGACCUCUCCUGGCCUGGACUUGCAGUAGGUGAUAUCUUCCGGCGUCCUCGAGCUACAGUUCUGGUCACAGUAACAGGGAUAGAUAAGUUAACACUACCUGAGCGUAGUAUCUCUUACCCAGUUGAGAAUGCAGUUCCUUUCAACCUGGAUGGUGUUGCAAAUGCUAUUCAUACUUUGUUUUCUGAAGAAACCCCCGUAGUAGUACAGCUUGCUCCUAGUGAAGAGAGAGUAUACAUGGUGGGAAAGGCAAACUCUGUGUUUGAGGACCUUUCAGUCACACUACGCCAGCUUCGGAAUAGAUUAUUUCAGGAUAAUUCCAUUCUGUCUUCUCUUCCUCUUAAUUCUCUGAGCAGAAACAAUGAGGUUGAUCUUCUAUUUCUGUCAGAAUUACAAGUCCUGCAUGAUAUCACCAGCUUGCUUUCCAGGCACAAGCAUUUAGCAAAGGAUCAUUCACCAGACCUAUACUCUUUAGAACUUUCUGGGUUGGAAGAAAUCGGUAAACGGUAUGGAGAAGAUUCACAGCAGUUCAAGGACGCUUCUCAAAUUCUUGCAGACUCACUGCAAAAGUUUGCAGAUGAGAUGUACAAUCUUUAUGGUGGCAAUGCAGUGGUAGAAGUGGUGACUGUGAAGACAUAUGACACACCUUUUGUGAGGAAGUCACGAUCUAUUCUAGAAACCUCACAGACCACUCCUGGAAAUCAGUAUAACCUAGGAUAUCCAUACAACUUUAACUAUGCUGUGGUCUUCAACAUAAUUCUGUGGAUCAUGAUAGGCCUUAUCAUAGCUGUUAUUGUUAUUUCCUACAACCUCUGGAAUAUGGAUCCAGGCUAUGACAGCAUCAUUUAUAGGAUGACCAACCAGAAGAUCAGGAUGGAUUAAACACCAGUCAGUCUUCUUUCCAGUGCAACUAUCUCUAUGUGGUUUGCUUAUUAAUGUGAAGAUAUAUAAAAGACUAGUAGUGGAUAGGCAGUUAGCUGAACUGGAAAGUGCAAUGGUUGUGAAAUUAUGAUCUAACUUCUAUAAAUACAUAAAUGUAAAUGAUUCCCAUUUUGUGCCCAUGCAGUAUGUGUUCCAGUUCGUAGCUGCUCCUCUUGCUGGGUAGUAAACAAUGCGCUGAAAGUAAGCUAGCAUCUUGUUUUGUGUUAAAUUCUUUUUACACUGGUUAGGAUGCUGAAGUAGUGUUAGGUACUGAAUCAAUUGUAAAUGUUUAAUGUAAAUAAUUCAAGCUGUUUUUCUAUGCGGUUUAGUCGUAUGUUGAAUCUUUAGUGUCAAAGCUUGUUAAAUCUGAGUCUGGUGUUUUACUUGUGAGCCACUGUACCAACUUUGAAUAAAGUGAACCUUUGUGUGAAAA